AUGCAGCUCCUCCAGGUCCGCCAGCUCCUCCCGGUCCCCCUGGUCCACCUGCUUGGGCUGCUGGGCGCGGACCCCAUCCGCAUCCAGCGCCGCCAGCAGGACAUCAUCCAGCUCCUCCCACUGAACCAGCUGCAUCUGCUCACACGUCACGGUAACUCCGUUUUCUUGGGCAUCCCCUUUGCCGAAACGACUGGUGGACAGAACAGAUGGAAGGCACCUAUUCCUAAGGGCAAGCUUAUGCCAGGGCAGGUCGUCAAUGCUACUGCCUAUGGCCCAACUUGCCCCCAGGCAAUCAGCAACACUCCCUACAGCCGUCAAGAUGAGGACUGCUUGAACCUGAAUGUCUGGGCUCCUGUCAAUGCUACUGGCAAGAGCCUUCCUGUCUUUGUGUAUAUGUAUGGUGGUGCCAUGGUCACUGGUUCCAGCAGCAAUGUACAAUUCCAAGGCAACAACUUUGCCCGCAAGGAUGUAAUCUUCGUCAGCUUCAACACAAGAGAGAGCAUCUUCGCUUACCCCAACUCGGCUGAGCUGGGCAAAGAUGGUUCGCAGAACUUUGGUAUUCUCGAUGUCCACCAAGCCUUGGAGUGGAUUCAUGACAACAUUGCUGCCUUUGGUGGCAACCCGGAUCAUAUUGUGUUCGGUGGUCAUUCUUCUGGUUCCGUCCAGGUUGACCACUACCUCUGGAAUAACCCUAAGUCAUGGCUUGUUGGUGCUGUCGAAAUGAGCGCUAACGCUGAAUCUGGCCCUGCUAUUACUCCCCUCAACCAGGGUCUCGACAUCGUCGCCGCCGAUGUUGGUUGUAGUACUGGUGUUGGUCAGCUCGACUGUCUUCGCAACAAGACCAUCUAUGAGAUUGAGACUGCCAACUUCAACAGCACUUCCAACACCUGGUUCUCACCCAUCAUUGACGAGGUAACUCGCUUCUCUGAUUACGCUGGCCGCUUCGCUGCUGGCAAGUAUCCUUCUCACGUCCCUCUCUUGACCGGUAACUCUGAUGGCGAGGGAGUCAUCUUCGGUCUCGUCUACGGUGGAGAGAACACCAACUUCAGCUCUUGGAUCAACACCUUCGACGCUGAUGUCGCUCACAUCCCUGAUGAGGAGCUCAUUGCUGCUUACAACGUUUCUGACUAUGCUUCGGUCUCUGCCAUGAGCGGUGCCCAGUACGGAGAUGCUCGCUUCUUCUGCCCUGUCGACUAUCUCAUUGAUGUUCGCAGCAGCGUCCAGGAUACCUGGGCCUAUAGGUUUUUCGGGGCCUAUUGUAACGUUGUUGGCUGUAUGGUUGGUGCCCCUACUCAUGGCACUGAGAUCCCCUUCUUUUUCGGGGGGCAGGAAUGCUUCAGCGCUCUAUCCAACGUCACAGAGGCCCAGCAGGCUCUCGCUGACUCAAUGAAUGAGUGGUUCGUCAAAUGGAUCAAGAACCCCUCUGCCGGACCCGGCUGGGACAAGGUGAAACCCAAGUGCGGCACUGUAGCCAAGAUUGGUGUUCCUGGCAAUGAGCUUGCAAUCGAGAUCGGAAGCACAGGAGACUACAAUGCUCGCUGUCAGUCUGUGUACGAUCCUCUGCAGUCGAAAUACCCCGUUCUGAACAACGUCACGGCUAUCUAA